CCCAGACCAAAUUUUAGAGACUACGAUAGAUCUCAAGAUCGUUGUUUUUUGUUUGUUUUGUUGAUUUUUUGGAAACAGUUUCUCUGGGUAUCCCUGGCUGUCCUGGAACUCGAUCUGUAGCCCACGCUGGCCUCGAACUCAGAGAUCCACCUGCCUCUGCCUCCAGAGUGCUGAGACUAAAGACGUGCGCCGCCACUGCCCGACUAAGAUCUUCGUUUUUUCAUAAGUGAGGAAACUGAUGCUGAGCAAAUCUCAGGCCUCCACAUGGGACUCUUUCCCCCACUUUCAUAAUGCACUUUGUCUAUUGGAAACCUCUUGUUUGAACCCGGGUGUACUGGCAUGAGCCUGCUGUGCCAGCAUUUGGGAAGAUAACACUUCCGGGUCAGGUCAUUCCAAGCCAGCCUGAACAUGAGACCCUUGUCUCAAAACUAAGGUUUUUUGUUUUUUGUUUUUUUUUUAACUUCUUGAGGUGAAAUGGAGUACAGAAAAGGAUCCCAAAUGGAAGAGGAAGUAAAAGAAUACCUUUUUUUUUUUUGAGAUUUAUUUAAUUUUUAAAGAAUGUUAGCAUUUAAUGAACCUCCCUGCCUGGCUUCCAGCCACUUGGAAACAGACACCCCCAACACCUUUGAUCUCCUCAGCUCUUCUGUUGCAGAAUUUGGUCUUUACGAUGAUAGACUGCUUAGCCAGCUUUCCCACCCCCAGAACUUGGUGGUAUCCCAGGAGCGGCUCCUGCCUUGGUUUUUGGCAACAUCACCUGAGUCUGCUCACGGAUCAGUGUCCACAGUUUAUCCAGGUGGACAGUUCGGCCGAAGCUCUGGUUCCUCUUUAAGUGGUAAUGACUCAUACCAGCUUUCCCAGAGUCACCUGGAUGAUUCUGUUGAAGUUGAUCCUGUGAUGAGGCAUGCCACUAGCAUCCCCUUUCUCCUCCUGGACGCUUCCGGUGAAGCGCAGCUGCCCUUCCUGCGGUCUGGAGGCCGGGAAUGAGAAGGAGAGAGGGAACCCUAUUUCUGUACAGUUGUUCCCCCCAGAGCUGGUGGAACACAUCGUCUCAUUCCUCCCCGUCAAAGAUGUUGUCGCCCUAGGCCAGACCUGCCACUACUUCCACGAAGUGUGUGAUGCCGAGGGCGUGUGGAGACGCAUCUGUCGAAGGCUCUGUCCACGCGUCCGUGACCAGGGCUCUGGUGCCCGGCCCUGGAAGAGAGCUGCCAUCCUUAACUAUACAAAGGGCCUGUAUUUCCAGGCCUUCGGAGGACGCCGCCGAUGUCUCAGCAAGAGUGUGGCCCCCAUGCUAGCCCAUGGCUACCGCCGCUUCUUACCCACGAAGGACCACGUGUUCAUUCUUGACUAUGUGGGGACCCUCUUCUUCCUCAAAAAUGCUCUGGUGUCCUCCACCCUUGGCCAGAUCCAGUGGAAGCGGGCCUGCCGCUAUGUGGUGUUGUGUCGAGGUGCUAAGGAUUUUGCCUCCGACCCAAGAUGUGACACAGUUUACCGGAAAUACCUCUACGUUUUGGCCACUCGGGAGCAGCCAGCAGUGGUGGGCACCACCGGCAGCCGGGCCUGCGACUGUGUGGAAGUCUAUCUGCAGUCCAGUGGGCAGCGGGUCUUCAAGAUGACAUUCCAUCCCUCCAUGAGCUUCAAGCAGAUCGUGCUGGUUGGCCAGGAGACCCAGCGGGCUCUACUGCUCCUCACAGAGGAAGGGAAGAUCUACUCCUUGGUAGUGAAUGAGACCCAGCUGGACCAGCCACGCUCCUACACGGUACAGCUGACCCUCAGGAAGGUGUCGCGGUGCCUGCCUCACCUUCGUGUGACGUGCAUGGCUUCCAACCAGAGCAGCACCCUCUAUAUCACAGACCAGGGGGGAGUGUAUUUUGAGGUGCAUACCCCAGGGGUGUAUCGUGAUCUCUUUGGGACCCUUCAAGCCUUUGACCCUCUGGACCACCAGAUGCCGCUUGCACUCUCCCUGUCUGCCAAGGUCCUAUUCUGUGCUCUUGGCUACAAUCACCUUGGCCUGGUGGAUGAAUUUGGCCGGAUCUUUAUGCAGGGAAAUAACAGAUAUGGGCAGCUGGGAACUGGAGACAAAAUGGACCGAGGGGAACCCACAUUGGUUCAUUAUCUACAGCGUCCCAUUGCCCUGUGGUGUGGCCUCAACCAUUCCUUGGUGCUGAGUCAGACUUCAGAUUUCAGCAAGGAGCUGCUGGGGUGCGGCUGCGGGGCUGGAGGCCGCCUUCCUGGCUGGCCUAAGGGGAGUGCCUCCUUUGUCAAGCUACAUAUCAAGGUUCCCUUGUGUGCCUGCUCCCUCUGCUCCACCAGAGAGUGUCUCUAUAUGCUGUCCAGCCACGACAUCGAACAAUGCCCAGUCUAUCGAGACCUGCCAGCCAGCAGGGUGGGGGGAAGCCCUGAACCUAGCCAGGGGGCUGGAGCCCCUCAAGACCCUGGGGGAACAGCCCAGGCCUGUGAGGAGUACCUCAGCCAGAUCCACAGUUGCCCCACGUUGCAGGACCGAAUGGCGAAGAUGAAGGAGAUUGUGGGCUGGAUGCCCUUGAUGGCGGCCCAGAAAGAUUUCUUCUGGGAGGCUCUGGACAUGCUGCAGAGGGCUGCUGGUGGGAGCGGCCCAGGCACCUCGAACCCUGAGAGCUGACCCUCCUCUAGCCUUUACUCCUGAAGGAAAUCGGGCCCUGGGCUAGGGGCUGAGGAGAGAUGGAGAGCAAACUACACUGUGUGUACACGGGAGCUGGGGUGGGGGUGGGGCUGGGUCGUGGGGAGUAGUGCUGGACGUGUCAGGGUAGCGUAGGGAACUCUUUUUUAAAUAUUCAGGGGGCUGCCCAGGUGGGGCCCCAACCUGACUAUCAUGGACAAGAAAUUUGAUGGACAAUAGAAUAAAAGGCUAAAGGAAGGCCUGUUUUGAAACCCUGGGCCUUACGGGGGACAACGGGGAAGGGAUGGAGGGGGCCUUGGCUGGGGAAGAGGGAGGGAGGGC